UUUCAAGAUAUACGAUAUCAUAAUUGGAUUCAGUUCAAUUUUCCUAGGACCAGCAGCUAAAAUUGUGACAUAAAACUGUUUCGUGAGUUCAGAAACCAGUAUUCAGUUAAACCCUAACCCUUACUUUAUGGGGUAGUGAACGAAAUCUCCCCCGCGCACUGGCCGACGAGAGCGAAGUAUCAUAGUGAGAACACGUCUAACCGAGAUGUGCGACCUCAACUCUGCUACAUACAGGUACAACGGCCAUGUACGGCUGUAGCAUCUGUAAUGCUUAUUAGUGAGGAGGAAGAAGUUGAUAGUGCUUUGUACCGUAAGCAAGAAGGUGAAUUAUUCAGUACUUACUACUUACCGAGUGACUACAGGUGAGUGCAAGUCAGUACCGUAGUCCAAUGAUCUCGACGGCUGAGGGUGGCAUCAACGCUCUCCGACUGACACAAAUUCCCCGAGAGCCUGGUGGCAGCAGCAGUGAAGCGGAAUCGUCUUGCUUGGAGGGUAUGGUGCCGUGCUUGGGCAAGCAGGGGCACCGGCAUCGAUGAAUUAAAGGCUGCAUCGGGCCGAAGGAAGGAUUCUGGAUAGAUGGCUCAGGGUCAAGUUGGCAGCGGCCCGGAAUUUAAUUGAGAGCGAUAUCGAGUGAUGACAUUCGUUUAAGAUUUCGGAGACUUUUCUUACCUAGGGAGUAGAGUAAUCGUGCUGCUGACUGAUGAAAUUUCGAACAAAAGUGUUAAAUUAAACAAACCUCCCUUCUCUCCACCUUGCAGCCAUCACCCCGAUGGUUUCAUCCGUACGCUGGCUACUGUACGGUACCUCCUUCCCAGGUCCAACGGCAAAUCAUUCACUUAUUCCUUCCUCACGGGAGAAUCAACCCUUGAUUGAACCCCCAACGGACUACGGUACCGUACCGCCUCUCCGGUCUUCGCCCCAUACCGGUGGUUACAUCCCAACCGUGUCCACCAGCCCCACAAUGCGUCUCCCAGUCAAUUCCUUCCAAUGAGCUUCGCCUUCCACGGGUUCGGCGACAGCCGCAUCUCAGCAUGUUCGCUGACACAGCAUCCCUUCCGUCUUCCUCUUCUCUUUUCCUCAGAGUUCAAUUUUUAGCUCCGGGUGAGUUCCUUGGGAAGAGAUGGAACCGUUAUCUAGGCGGCAUACGGAUAACACAUCGUUUGCGACCAAGUCUUUCGAGGACGGUUUGUAACCCUUGGCUAGGUCUGUUGCCGUGAUGGUUAUCGACCGAAGCUAACAGGGCUCUUCCACUUCUCACCAGGUCUGUCUACAAAUGGGUGUAAACCGCGACUUAGUAUGCCCUCCAAAGGUCUGCUGAAUUUUCUCUGUGCUGGUACGGUAGGACAAUAAUGCUCACGAACGGCAGUCGCCGGAAGAGAUAGGGGUCCAGGACUUCAGUGGCAUAAGGAUUAUAAUGCGGAGACCAAACUGAAGCCGAGGGUUCUGAUGAUCGAUUAUGUUCGCAAGGGUUUGUUCGUUCGUUUGCUUGCCCUGUUUAUUAUUUCGACUUGAGCUUAUGCGCCGGAGAAGAAGUCGAAGGAUCACAUGAAGGACACCGAAGGGUUGUAGCUCAAGAGAUCCACGACAUAGCCACCUUGAAAUCGGUUUAUAAAGACGGGAGGGAUACGAAUUCUGCCCUUAGGGUUUUGUAUGCGUCCAUAUUGAUUCGCUUCCAUUUACCUAAGCUUAUCGUUUCGAACUUAGUCAUGUGCAGAAUUGCACUUGGGCAACGAAAUUCCUGAUUCAUAAAUUUCGUAUAAAAGAUAAUGACGAUAUCGUCGGUCUCCAGGAAUUCGGCGACUGGCUACUGCAAAAGAAGCCGCAGAGGAGGGCCGGAAAGCCAUUGCUUGUCGGAAAGAGUUGGAAGACAACCGCCGACCCUUGGAGGCGUGUGGUAAAAUGUUCUUUUGGAAUGGAUUAUAUGAAGCACUACCCGUGUGUAGAUGCGGAGAUUGAGGAUAAGGAAUCGUGUGUGUCUGGACUAAUGGGAUACGACGAUAAUGGUGCACACUUUUUCCUCGAUCAUUGAAUGGAGGUUCGGAUUGUUGACCAGAGCAGAUAAUCCGGUCCACCGGUAUAAUGUUUUUUCUCAGCGACUCUCAGCAUAUGUUCAGUAUGCUGCGCCGGAUCUUCCGACUCCUGGACCGGACUUUGAAUCACCAUAUCAAGGCCUGGAGCAUGGCUCCAGGCCUUUGCAGGAGCUAUACGAUAACGGGAGCACGGUUAUUCUAUUCGACAACUCAGAGACUCGCUCGAUUUACGAUUCGUUGAUUUCUGCGAGAGGUGAAUGGGAAAGUCGGUGGAGGAGGUUGCCGUUUUACUUCACCAAUGACGAUCCGGAGGAGGAUGGGCAGAUGGCGUUGGAGUGUAUGAAGAUCAUUACUCAAGGUAAGACUUGGUUCUGUGGAGCUGAAGAGUAUGCAGUGCUAAUGAACACAGAUAUAUUCAAAGCAAUAGCCAAUUGCUGGGACCAACUUUUAGAUGCUAGCUGGGAGCACGUUAGUAUCCUAGUAUGUCCCCCUGCCCCCGAGCGGAACAUGUAUUAUCGCUGACCGUCCACAGGAAGAGAAAAUUUAUGAGCAGCCAGCAGACGAGAGUCGAGCACCGGAAUUAUGGUCUAAUUCAGCGCACUGGCUCAAGUAUGAGAAGCUUAUGUUCUACCACAUAGACAUAGUAAACGAUAUGCGAAAGUAUCUUGUAGAAAUCGAUGGAGAUCUAACGGACGAAGGGCUCUGGCUGAAAGAGUCCCCUGAAGAUUUUGAUCGGCUCAGCAACCUCAUUCAGGAAGAUCUGGUCAAAAGAACGAACAACCUCUCGGAACUCAUGUAUAAGUCGGUCGGGAUUAGAGAUUCACGCGAAAGCUUGCAACUGGGAACAAGCAUGUGGAGAUUGUCCUGGAUUACGUUUGUUUUCUUGCCAUUGACGUUCAUUGUUGGAUUUUUUGGUAUGAACGUCGAUACGUUCGCGGAAAGCCCCUCAGUAAAGUGGUAUUUCAUUGUUGCUGUGCCAUUUGUAUGUGUCCCCCCAGUUCGGCUACUUAGGGUAACUAUGGUCGGCUGACGAUGAGAUAGAUGGUGGCGGUCGUUAUAUCCUGGUAUUUGCUUAAGCAUUGGCUAACCCGCCAUCGUCAAUCACCGCACCGACGCGGUGUAUACGAAGCCCUGUACGCGGAUCUCCACAACCGCAGACCAGAGCUCUGGUCCCGUGCAGGUCCUCGUAACUACGUCCAGCCCAAGGGCCGCGCGUCCAAGAUAAAGUGGUGGUUGAUGCUUCACUGGAUGUCACCCAAGCGUCUACUUCCACCCAGACCACCAGCAGGGCAGGCCCUGGACGAUGAGCCCAUUGGAGCAUAUAAUCGCUUGAAGCGGUAUUUGGUCAGAAAGUGGACGCCUGAGAUUGAGGUGAUCAAUGGAUCAGCUCAUGAGCCAGAGGCGGGACUUGCACUUGUGGACAACGGACUCGUUGGAUAUGGGAGGAUGGCGGACUUGGAGCUGGAAGGGGAUAGUAGAAUGGCUAGACCUGCGCUUGGACUGAAUCCCUCCGAAGAGAGGGAUGUGGUGUUGGCGGACGGGGUGGAGGGUGGGAGGAAUAGUGGUGUGCUCGUGGAAGAGCAAGUGCAGGGGGGCCUUGAGAGGGAGGGAAUGGGACUUCAAUUGAAGGUUCCUGACGGUAUAGGUGGUAGAUGAGUGGUGGGGUCCGAACUUUAUUUCUCGCGAUGACAGGCUUGUGAUAUGAUAUACAGCGGAUAUAGCAGUGCAAGUGCGUGUCGGUAUUGGGGCAACGCGGUGGGGAAGUUACCACCUCAACCAAAGGUCCCGGACCCCUCCCGGCAUAUGGGCUUUUCAUUGCAGCGCGAAUUGCUUUUCUCCUACUGCUUUCGGCAUUACUAUAAUAUGAUACCAAUUUGAUUAUUUUGAAAGAGGAGAGGAAGGAGAGAAAGAAUUCAAUAACAAGUUUCCCCAGGGAGAAUAAUAAAGUUGGCCCUUUUUUUUGACUUUCAACCAGCGGCGGAUGCACGGUAUGGCGUCCACUGGCACGGGUGGUUAACGGUACUGUACUUGAUAGAGGUUCCCAUCGUAAACACCGCCUUCCUCCGACUCGCGCCCAAAUUUCACUCAGCUCCCAGGUGGGACCAACUAUUCCCACCCCGGAUCGACUCAAAUAUUUGAGAGUGGCUUCACCCAUCCACCGGCCGAGUCUAUGCGAAACUCGCUGCGAUGUGUCUUCACUGUUGCUACUAUGCAGUACAUCUCGCGAUACUGUAGCCGUAUCCGCUCUACUUUGAA